AUGAGUGGAGACGCAAUGUCCCCAACAAUGUCGGACAUCGACCACGACCUGGUCUUUGUGGAGGAGUUUGAUGCUUUAUCGAUUGAACUAAAGGUGGUUCCGGGGUCAGAGGAUGCCUUUGAGAGCGGCAUCGCACCGACAUCUGGCAAGGCAAAAUAUCCCGCAAAAACACAUGCACGCAAGGUGGCCAAGGCGCUCGGUGUCAAGGAUGGCCUCGUCUACCUCCCCGGCCUGCCGACACAGAUCUACGAAGACUCCGAUAUGGGGCCGGCCUUCCGGCAAAGACGAUACUUCUACUACAUCGCCGGUGCGGACUUUGAGAACUGCGCCGCCACAUAUGAUCUCGCCACCGACAAUCUUAUUCUCUGGGUGCCCUACAUCGACCCACGCCAGGUGAUGUGGUACGGCACGAGCCCGGGACCCAAGGAAUGCUUGGCCAAGACCGAUCUCGACGAGGUCCGCUACACCACAGACCUGGACGCGUUCCUGCGACAGCGUCUCGACCUCGGUGCGGCCGACGUUGUCCGUAUCGGCGCCUCCUUCGGCAGCAGCUUCUGCCGCGACCAGAACCGCCGCGGCACAUCAUCAUCGACGACCACGCUGUACGUGUUGCACGCGGACCAGAUCCCUGACGUGCUCAAGGAUGAACCGGCUCCUAGCUCGCUGGUGGUGGACUCAUCCAGUCUGCUGCCGGCCAUGGACUCUGCCCGCGUCGUCAAGACCGCCUACGAGAUUGAUUUGAUCCGCAAGGCCAACGACGUCAGCUCGUCCGCCCAUGCCGCCGUCCUGCGUCAGCUCAAGAACAUGACCAACGAAAGCGACAUCGAGGCCGUGUUCGUCAACCACUGCGUGGCCGUGCACGGUGCCAAGCACCAGGCCUACCCGGUCAUUGCCGGCUCCGGCACCAACGCCAGCGUCCUGCACUACUUUUGCAACGACGAGCCCUUGGCCGGGCGCCAGCUCGUGUGCCUGGACGCCGGCGCCGAGUGGGACCUCUAUGCAUCCGACGUGACGCGCACCUUCCCCAUCUCGGGCUCCUUUACGCCCAAGGCCGCCGCCAUUUACGCCGCCGUGCAGCGCAUGCAGGACGAGGUCUUUGCGCGCUUCAAGCCGGGCGCGCCGUUCGCCUACCUGCACCUGCAUGCCGCCUACGUGGCUGCGCAGGAGCUGCUCCGCCUCGGCAUUCUCAAGAACGGCUCCGCCACCGAGAUCCUGGCCAAGGGCACCAUAUCGGCCUUUUUCACGCACGGUCUGGGCCACCACGUCGGCCUCGAGGUGCACGACGUGCUCUCCUCUGACCUCAUGUCGCGGCCGCCCGCUGAUUCGAGCUCCGCGGCCAAGGCCAAGGCCAAGACCAAAUCCAACACUUUUGUCACAAGCACGCGCGACGUGCGCAGCCAGCUGGGCGGCACCAAGCGGCAGCCGGUGACGCCUGAGAUGUACAUGGCGCUCAUGAACGAGGCCGUUGCCGUGUCCAACGGCGACGUCUCGGCCUUUUUCGAGCAGCAGGACCGGCGGCGGCUGCUCGAGCCGGACCCGACGCAUGCCCAGUACAUCGACAAGGAUGUGCUGGAGACAUACUAUAGCGUCGGAGGUGUCCGCAUCGAGGACUGCCUGCUCGUGACAGAGGACGGCUACGAUAACCUGACGACGGCGCCCAAGGGCGAUGAUGCCCUGCGGCUCAUCAACCACAAAUAA